AUGACAACUAUUGACAACCUGUACACAUUCGACUCUCCGUCAAUGCUGAGUCAUUCUCCCAUGAUAAAUUACCGUAAGGAUGCCAAGAAGGGUGUCAAGUUUACUUUUAUGGUAGUUGGAGAACUGGGGACUGGUAAGACAACUUUUAUAAACUGUUUGCUCAAUAAAAAGGUCUUGGCUCACCGUUACGAACUGGGUGACUUGGCUAUUGGUGACACCAAGACUUUGGCCUUCACAUCUGCCAAAUCAGUGGCACUUCCAAACACUUCAAUUCUUACUAAGAAUGAUUUUAAUCCAGAAAUCGCAAAUGAAGAGCCUGGUAUUGCCCUUACUGAAACUAAAAUAGAAAUGGUUGAUGAUUCAAAUCAAAAAUUAUUACUCAAUGUAAUUGACGCCCCAGGAUUUGGAGAAAAUCUCAAUAAUGAAUUAUGUUUUGUUGAAAUUGAAAAUUAUCUCAAACAACAAUUUGAUUUGGUGUUGGCUGAAGAAACUAGAAUCAGAAGAAACCCAAGGUUUGUAGACACAAGAGUACAUGUUCUUCUUUAUUUCAUCACCCCUACUGGUCAUGGAUUAAGAGAAAUUGAUAUCACUUGUAUGAAACGAUUAUCCAAAUAUGUCAACAUUAUUCCAAUCAUUAGUAAAGCUGAUUCGUUUACUGAACAAGAAUUGAAACAAUUCAAACAUCAAGUUAGAGUUGAUAUUGAGAAAUUCAAUGUACCAACUUUCCAAUUUGAUAGUUACUUAUCUGAAUAUGAUGAAGAGGAAGAUUAUGAACUUAUUCAAGAAUGUAAAUUCCUUGCUAAGAUUCAACCAUUUGCCGUGGUUGCAUCUGAAGAAGAUUAUGAGGUGAAAGACCAAAGCACUGGAGAAGUGUCGACUAUCAGAGCUAGACAAUAUCCAUGGGGAAUUAUUGAUGUGAAUAAUCCAAAAUAUAGUGAUUUCCCAAUUUUAAAAUCAGUUAUAUUGGGAUCUCAUUUACAGGAUUUGAAAGAUUUAACACAUGACUUUUUGUAUGAAACGUAUAGAACUGAAAGAUUAACCAAGGUCACUGGUGGUCACGCCAAUGGAGGACUACACAAUGGACAUGGUGAAGAUGAUCAAUUCCAUGAUACGGUUGAAGAAUUGACCCACAAUGGAGACCAUAGUAUGCAAAACACCACUGUACCAUCGUUAUCUAAUUUGGCCCAAUUAACGUCAUCUACUAAAGAUCAAAUUGAUGAUAGUGUUGCUGGAGAAGAUAAUGAAUCACUUAGUUCCUUUUCAUCCUCGAUCAAGAAGCAAAAAUCAAUGCUUCUUGAUGAUUUGGAUACUCAAGUGGAAAUGCCAUCUCCUAAACUUAAGGAUGAUGCAUCAUUUGCUUCUAACUCGUCUUCUUCCAUGUCAUUAGACCAUCCACCUCAAAGAAACUUGAACACAACUACCAAUGCAUUUAAAAGAUUAUCGAUUGGACCACAAAGAAAUCAACUUCGUCAAAUUUCUGAAACCGUGCCGUAUGUACUUAGACAUGAGAGAAUCUUGGAAAGACAACAAAAGCUUGAAGAGAUGGAAAUGGCCAGUGCCAAGGAAUUGGCCAGUAGAGCCGCCUUAUUGGAACAAAAGGCUGCUGAAUUGAAGGCAAAGGAAAAAGUAUUGAUGAAGCAAUUGGAAAUGGAACGUGAAAGAAAGAGAGCUGCUCAAGAGGCUGCAUCGAUCAAUGCGGCAUCUUCUUCACAUGCACCAGUACAUCAAAUAGAAGUGGAUUUAGAGUCAGAGAAUGGCAGUGCAUUGACUGCCACAGAGAAUGGACAUGAUGGUUACGCCCAUGAAAAGGAUGGUGAGGAAACCACUGUUGAACAUCAAGAAUCUGGAGAAUUAAAUGGAAGACAUCAAAUUAAAAAGGAUGAAACAUUGACUGAUUUACACUCUAUGGUGAGUGAAACCCAUUAG